AUGACCAUCUCCCCCGUUAAUGUCCCUACUCUUAUCAAAGAUUUGCAAAGAAUAGUUGUUGAGCUAAGGGAAAGCGAUCAGGUUAACUUAUCACUUACGUACGCUCAUCGUGUUGCCGAUAUCAUACAACGGAGAGGUGGCGACACGCCUUCGCGCCAUGUCCCAGGGCAGGAUACCGAAACAGAACACAAGGAGAACAGGAAUAGGCAGCUUCGCGACCUAGACAAUGAGAACCGACAGCUUCGUCAGCUCUAUGAAGAUUCACAAUGGACGUUACAUCUCGUCAUGGAAGCACACCGAAAAGAGCUGGAGUCUCAUUUUGGACAACACGAAAGCACCCCUUUACCUGGCAAUCAAGACGACGACGAUGUGGAAAGCUUGAAAAAUCGGUUUCAUAAAAGUGUUGCUCUUAUGGCUAGAGACGUCAACGAAGUUUUUCGACAUGAACAGCGGAUAAACGAAGCUUUUUCCAAGAGGAUAGAGGACCUAUCUCUGGAAAACGAGGUUUUACGAUGUGUUCUUGAGAGUCAAUCCGAAGAAUCAGCCGAUGCAGUUAUUGAACGACUGGAGCGUAGGCGUCGUGUUUCGUUGUGA